CAAUGGUGUGCUGUAAACGCGGGGAUGUAAUUGUUUGGAUUUGGGUAGAAGGGCAGUUUAUUUCCUGAUAGUGUUUUGCUAUCUAUGUUAUUAAUCUACUGUUUGCUAGGUAGGUAAUAUUACAUUUUCUUAGCUAUCAGCGUCCAGAUGUUUUACUAGGUUUUGUGAAACCAUAGAGUCCGCUGUAACGUUAGACAUGGGGGAGCCCAAGACGCCCAAAUUUGGGUCCAUAGAAGAAGAGCUGAGUUUCUGGAAGGAGCAGUCAGACAAACACCAGCAAAGGGCUGAGGAGGCACAGGAGGAGUUGCAGGAGUUCCAGCAAAUGAGUAGGGACUAUGAGGCGGAGCUGGAGACUGAGCUGAAGCAGUGUGAAGCACGGAACAGAGAACUACUGUCCAACAACAACCGGUUACGCAUGGAACUGGAGAACAUCCAGGAGAAGUACGAGGCGCAGCACUCUGAAGCGUUUAGGCAGAUCUCAUUGUUGGAGGGAGACCUGGAAGAGACCACAGCGGUCAAGGACCAACUCCAGAAGUACAUCAGAGAGCUGGAGCAGUCCAACGACGACCUGGAGAGGGCCAAGAGGGCGACCAUCAUGUCCCUGGAGGACUUUGAGCAGAGGAUGAACCACGUGAUCGAGAGGAACGCCUUCCUGGAGAGUGAGCUGGACGAAAAGGAAAACCUUCUGGAGUCUGUCCAGAGACUAAAGGAUGAGGCCAGAGAUUUACGACAGGAGCUAGCUGUACAGCAGGUCCAGGAGCGACGCCCCCCCAGUAGCCUCUCUAAAGAGAAAGACAGGACCGAAUCAUCGUCACGCUCCACCAUACUGACAACCCCCUCCAAACCACUUGGUACAUUCCCAGCAACCCCAGCCUCAAGCAUUCGUCGAGGGGAUAACCUAACAGGAACUCCCCUGAGUACGUCGGCUCGCAUAUCUGCACUCAACAUCGUCGGGGAGCUCCUAAGAAAAGUUGGGAACCUGGAGUCCAAGUUGGCAUCUUGUCGAGACUUCGUAUACGACACGCCGCCGAAAAGACCGGCUCUUCCGUCGUGUCCCGGUACCCCCUCUGCUAUAGAGGGAGGCACAGAGAUCCAGGCCUGCAGCAUGAGCCCUCCACACUACGACAGUUUGGUGAAGCGGUUAGAGUUUGGACCUGCGCCUCCUCGGGGGAUCUCCUCCCACGGCUCCCAGUCACCAUCAGGGGGAGUCAAGAUCCUGCUAUGAAACGAGGGCCUCCCCUGUCCCCCUCCCCACACCAGACUGUACUACCCAUCAGUAGGGCUUUAAAUUGUCCCCCUCUCACUACACUACCAGCUGAACAUCCUCCCCCCUCAGACUAUGAACCAGGAAGCCGCUCCCAACUUAUUUGCUGCAUGGACUCUGCUGAGAAGAACCUGAGUCAUGAUGCUACGCUACAGUUUUAUUUUAUUAAUGAAUAAUAGAAGUGAGGAUUCCUUGACCCCGCUGCAUGUCCUCCUGCUGAUCCCUUGACCCCUGAACCCAAGUCCUGCAAUGACAACCCCAACCCUGCUACUAACCCCCCCCCCCUUAUCCUUCUUGUACCCAUGUUCUGAUUGGAUUCUUGGUGUGCCAACUGUAGCAGAAAAGUGAAGUUGGUCAAUAGUUGGUGCUGUUAGCCUUUAGCAUUGCUGCCUUUUAUCAAUGUCACCACCACAUGUACGUUUUGCCUAGUCAUGAUUCCUUUCUGUAUGUCUAACUCUGUCCGUUCGUAGCUAAGCCACAUGUGCUUAGAGGCUAUACGUGUAAAGUGUCGGAGAUGGUAAGUUAGGCUAGCUUUACCUUUUGGAGAACGUGUAUUAUUCCUUUCUUCGUGCUGGGUUGUCAUUGUCUGUAAAAGCUAAGGAUGGUCUGAAGUUUGGGUACUACUACUUUACAGGUCAAUGUUUGAGUUAAAAGCAAUGGUUUAUUAAUGUACGAAGAUACUUUCUUUUAAAGGUCUUCUACCUGGUAACUUGAAAAAGUAUUAUCUGUGAGAAAUGCAGACUAGCUAGCCUAUACCCUGUCAUGCAUUUGCAGAAUGUUUUAUAAGGUAGGCAAGAUAUGUAUCAGAGAAAGUACAUUGAGUUAACUUCUGAAAAUCUCAAAUGUAGUCUAGGUCUUUGGCAAAAAAAAAAAUUGUUGCCAUUUCUUCAGUGUUUUAAGUUUGAGACUUUUUUUGAGUUAGAGUUAGGGGGUACCACUGCACUGCAUAGAAUCUAUAUUAGAUCUUUCCAAUAGGAAGUGGCCUAAAGACAGCAUUGGUUCAGUUUGAGCAGGUCAGUCGACCCAGAAUUCCUGUCAAAAGACUAAUCUUAUAUCAGAUCAGGGAGCUAUCAAAGAUGACAAGAUGGCAAUAGAUGACUAGAGUUCGAUUUUACAGAAUAGGGUUUUGAGAAAGCACAGUUCAUACUAUAUUUCCAAAACCAUUAUGGAUGAUGCCUUGGUUACACUGUUAAUGCUGGACAUGUGAAUUCUUUACGCACUGUUUAAAAGAGAAUGUUUUAGCCUUGUCUUUCCAAUGAGGAGCAAUAGUCCAAUAUCAAGGACAUAUGACACUAGGGCAUGUUACUACUCAAUGACGUUUGUACUUACUAACAAUGUGUAUAUAUCGGUUCCAUCCAUAUGUGCUUUAUCCAAUUCCCCUGUCAUGUUCGUGAUAGAGUUGGUUAGAACACACAGAUUUGAGACCAGGAUAAUAUGUCUACAAAACUCUGUUACAGCAGCUGUUGUGUAUGAACUAAGGACCAGGAAGUACAGUUUGUAGAGCUUCUUUUACAACUGUACAUGCAACCGUUUGUGGGUGUUACUAACUUCUGUCUGGAUUUACAUUGAAAUGUAUGCACCCGAGGUGCUCAACCUUUUGACCUGUUGGUUUGCAAUCCUUUUUGUAUCAAAAUGAACACAUAAAAUGAACAUUCUAAACAUG